AUGGAAAACCCAGUCACUCAAAAUCAGGAUUCAGAAGAAAGAUGUAAUCAAGACGUAGAAAAUAUGCUUAUUCGUCCCGAAAUGAAGUCGUUUAAUUUAACUGAAUCCCAUUUAAGUAAUUAUGGCUUUGAAGCUAUUAUCAAUAACGAAGACAUGAAAACAUUUUUCAAAAGAUACUGGCAUUAUUCCAUCUACGUAUCAUUCAUAUAUCUGUCGACUGUCUGUUUACUAAGAGAGUACAUGAAGUUUAGACCCGCCUACGAUCUCAGACGUACAUCUAUAAUUUGGAACGGAUUUCUUGCAAUUUAUAGUAUAAUUUCUGUGUUAAGAUGCUUGCCCGCAGUUUAUUAUUAUGUCACACGUUACUCCUUCUAUCAAAUAGUCUGCGAUAAAUCUCUAAUAGAACUGAGACCCGAAACUAUAUUCUGGAUUAUGCUUUUUUCACUUUCAAAAGUUUGGGAAUUGGGAGAUACCUUGUUGAUAGUGUUAAGAAAAAGGAAACUGAUGUUUUUGCAUUGGUAUCAUCACGUGGCUACUCUAAUUGCAAUAUGGUAUACCAGAUCUAAAGAGGGUUCUUUUGGAAUUUGCUUUGGAUUUAUGAAUAUCGUAGUUCAUUCAUUUAUGUAUUCUUAUUUCGCUUUAAAGUAUUUGAAUGUAAAGAUUCCUGUUAAAAUCUCCAUGUUUAUUACAGCUAUACAAACAUUGCAGAUGUUAUUUGGAGUCUUGCUCUCGUUUUGGGUCUAUUGGCUGCUCAUCAAUGGUUACAAAUGUGAUACUUCUAAAGACAACCUCGAAUUCAUGUUUCAAAUUCUUUCUGUCAUGAAGCCAUCUAACAUGACUGAAUGUCUUUUAGUUCACUAUAAUUUUGAAACCAUCGUCAAUUCCGAAGAUGUAAGAAGAUUCUUUCAAAGAUACUGGCAUUACUCCAUUUAUGUAUCGUUCAUAUAUUUGUUGACUGUUUAUUUCCUAAGAGAAUACAUGAAGUGCAGACCCGCCUACGAUCUCAGACGUACAUCCAUAAUUUGGAAUGGAUUUCUUGCAUUAUUCAGCAUAUGUGGAACAUUAAGGGGCAUUCCUGUAUUAUAUUAUAACUUUACACGUUAUUCCUUUUAUCACGUUGUUUGUGAUAAAACUUUAACAGAACAAAGUCCUCAGACUAUAUUUUGGGGAACGCUUUUUUUGUUUUCGAAGAUUUGGGAAUUCGGAGAUACUUUAUUGAUAAUAUUGAGAAAAAGAAAUCUAAUGUAUUUGCAUUGGUAUCAUCACGUGACUACUCUAAUCGCAAUAUGCUAUACAUCAUACAGAGAAGGCUCUUUUGGAACCUUCUUAGGUUAUACAAAUAUUGUAGUUCACGCUUUUAUGUACACAUAUUUCACUAUAAAAUCUACUGGCGUAAAUAUUUCUGUUAAAAUUGCCAUGUUCAUUACAGCUAUGCAGACAUUGCAAAUGUUAUUUGGAGUCUUGCUCUCGUUUUGGGUGUAUUGGCUGCUCAUCAAUGGUUACAAAUGUGAUACUUCUAAAGACAACCUCGAAUUCAUGUUUGUAAUGUAUAUAUCGUAUCUAUUUUUAUUCAGUUAUUUAUUCUAUAAUUCUUAUAUUAGACCUGACCGAAAACAAAAGAAAACAGAAUAA